AUGGAGUCAUUAAAGUCGGCGGCUCUCGCCAGUGGCGCGAUCCCCGUGAUGUCUGCGGACGGCCGUGGAGACAAGUCCGCGGGAAGGGUCUCCGUGUCUCCAGCUUCGUCUCCGGGCGCGAGUCUCGCGAGCCCGAAAAGCAACUCCGUGUUUCUCUCUCUCCACGUCUCUUCCACGUCUUCUGCCUCGACGGCGAUCCCCCAAGACGAAUGCGACAGCACAGCUAGCCGCGAGGGAGGCAGUCCUCGCACGCCUUCGGCUCUCGAUGGGUCCGGGACGACCCCGAAGAGCGCUUCCCGUGGGAAACCUGAAGAUCUGUCCCAGGCGUCCAGCAGCGGCGAGACGCCGAGUCCGGCACGGAGAGGCCGCGCAGCCCCGCAGCUUGCGGGCCGUUCGGAGGACGAGGCGGAGCGAAAGAAAGGCGUGGACGAAGAGGGUGUGUCGUGCGGCACCGUUCCAGGCAGUGCCCAGAAGAGAGACGAGCGAGACGUCGCGCCGUCCCUCGACGGGACACACUCGGACUCGGAAGAGCCAGAGAGUCCGUCUUUUGCGAAAGAAACGAGUGCCAUCAAUGCAGUCUCGGGAGGACGGGCAGAACGUAGCUCACGCAAGGCAGCGAUGCGUCGGAUACGCCAGCUCGUGGGGGUUUCGGGGAAAGACCCCAGCGAAGACGCGGUCGCAAACCUCACUUUGACUGACGCUUCCGGGAAUGCGACAGCGCUUGGCGGAGGCGAGUUCACGUCCUUUGGAACUGGAGUGGACCUCGUGAAGUCCGACGAACAGCCGCGGAAGCGAAGGGCCCGAACGGACGGUCCUUCCUCCGCGGGCGACUCCGGGUCCCGUGCGACUCUCGCAGACGGUGACGAAGAAACGAGCAGACGGGGCUUCGGGUCGCAGACUGCGCUUGCGGGCGCGAAGCAAGAGCUUCACGAAAAUGCAGAGGUGUCCUCAGCGCUGGCUAAGUCUUAUGCCGGACAGGGGACGGAAAGAAACAGAACGACGCCGAGUGCGCCGGGAGACGCGGAUCUCCAGCCGGCGGUCGAUUUCGCCCGGGGCCUCGCGGCGGUGGCGGCGGAGAUGGCGUCUGCACAGGCCGCCCUCGGACGACCGGCGGGCGAGGACAGUGAGCGGAGUCGGCUGCUCUCUCUUGCCUCUGCUCUGGGGAAAGAUGAACCGAGAGAAGGCCAGUUUGCCGGAGACAACGGAGCGGCUCCAGAGGCGAAGGGCGCGAACCCGGUCGUUUCCACGCCAGAGUUGGGGACAGGAUUCCCGAUGGCUGCAGACCUCCUCGAGGAAGGCCGUCGGCUCCUCAGCUCUCCCGCGGGGCUGUCUGUGUGGCUUGAAUGUGCGAAGAAUGCGUCCUCUCUGCCGAAGCGACCGAACGAGGCGCUCCCUCCCGAGCUCGUCGCCCUCUCGGCGUCUCUCAUGAACGACGAGGCCUCCCACGGAGCGCCGACCCCCCGAGCGCUGCCUGUGGCUGGGUCGCCAGCCUUCUCGGAGCACGACGAGUCGCCGGCGCAUCAUCUCCAUGGGAACGCCCUCGACGCAGCGUUUGGUCUCCCCCUCGGGCCCGGCGAGGGCCUCGCGCCGCGGGGGCCUCUCGGAUUGCAUGCGAAUGGAGCCUUCGGGUGUGGCGAGAAGGGCGGUAGGCAAAAAGGGGCGAAGGCUUGCCAAAAGAGUGGAGACAGAGCGCAGGCCUCCCGUCCCCAUGCCCUCUCCCGCUCGCUCAUCAACUCGGCGCCGUGUUCCACUGGGGCCACGCCCUCGAACUACGGCGGGUCUCAGCAUCUUCUUUCCAACUCCAGUUCGAUGACUUCCGUCAUGGUCAAGAGUGUGUCGCCUGCCGGCGUCGUCCGUAGGGGAGGAAGAAACCGCAGAAAGCGAACCAAGUACGAUCUCGCGUACCGCCAAAUGGAGCAACUCGGACCCUUCGCAGAGGAGGCCAAGCAUGUCGACCUUUCCAAGGUGUCGGGCAGCAGCUUUGCAGUGGAGCUGUUGAAGAAUCCGCACCUUUAUUCGUAUGAUUCUUGGGUUCACGGAUUCGCGUGGCCAGUCGGGGCAGACGGUCGCCGCCUGCUUCUCCGCAAACUCCGUGGUGUAUAUUGGUCAGACCCGGACUACUGGCAGAAGCGACUGACGGCGGAGGGUCUCUAUCGUCGUGAUCUCUUCACACUCGCCACUGUCCAGGAACUGUUCAAAGUGACCCACUUAAUGGGCGCGGACGUGUGGGACUUUCUGCUCAAGUGCACGGCGCUGACCCACAAAUGCGACGCGCUCACAGCCAAGGAGGGAGGCCAGAGCGACACCGAAGAAGCCGUGCACAAUGCGUCGUCACCGGAGGCAGCCUCCCCGCAUGCAGGGCCGGAAGUGACCUCGCAGGUCCUCUCCCAAGCCGCGAAUUUCGCGCCGCAGACCGACGGCGGCUUUCCGUGGCACGCGAUGGCUCCUCAGGCCGGGGUGACCACCAGCGACAUGUUGCUGGCCAGCGCCGUGGCCCAGGAGGAGUGCGACAAAGAUCAGCCGAGCGUGGGCGAUCCGGGCGAGAAUCUGUCUUCUGUCUAUCCGCCGCCGUUCCAUCACAGCGCCUCCAUGGAGUUAGGCGACACGGCCGCGCCGCCGUCGCCGUUUUCUGGGCCACGUCUCUCGACGGGCGGGGCGAUCUCUUCCUUUGAAUCCUCCGCAGAGCGGAUUUGCGCCGCGUUGUCUCUGCGCCGGCCUUCGUCCGGUGGAGACAGGGAACAGGGUCUGGAGGGCGAAGAGGAGCGGCAGACCCCCGCGGCGGCGGCGUGGCUCGGGGCCGAGGCACUCCACGAGCUCCUCGCGGGGAGCCUGAGCCGGCAAGAGCGCGAGAACGGCGAGUUGACGCAGGACGAGAACGUGCAGAGCAGUGCAGGGUGCGAGUCGCUCUUCCUCCCGCCGGAGGUCCUUGGGCCAGGGUCGGCCCUUGACCGAGACAGAGUAAACGGCGUCAGCGGCCAGGAGAAACGCUCUCGGGGCCGCCCGAGGAAGACGCGCCAGAACCUCCCGUCUCUUGUUGCGCUGCGCGAGGAGUUGGGGCUCCAUGACCUCGCUCAGAAGCCGGCGGGUGGCGCCGACGCAGGGUUCUGUCUCCCCGGCAGUGGCCUGGGCUACGCGGAAGCGGCUGGGGAUAGAGGCGGAAACGAGCUCUUGAUGCCUAACCACCUCGCGGCCUCGGCGGGCGCGACGCCCCAGGGCUAUCCGCAGUUCAACGGACACAGUCCCACGGCGGCCUCGGCUCUGAACCUCUUGAAGCCUGAAGGCUUCUCCGUCUUCGGCGCAGGCGCAGCCGAGGGAGGCCCUGCGGAUUUGAGCGGUCACGGUCGGGACGAACUGAACUUCAAGGGCGUGGGCGACGAGCUCUUGUCCUCGCGGUUCCUCGUGGGCGAAGGCAAUCUCCAACAAGCCCUCACUUCUUCCUUGGCUGCGCAGGGCGCGAAGCGCGGUCGGGGCGACGCGGCAGCGCUUGACUUGUCUUCGAGCCUCGGUCAGGCGCCUAAGCGGUCGCGUCUGCUGGGUGCGGGCGGGGCUCAAGACACCGGCGCCGGCCAGCUGUCGGAGUUGUCCCGUCUCUUGGAGGAAGAACUCGACGCAACCAACUCACAGGGGCAAGAAACCAUGGAUUCGCUCCGGUCAUUGAUGCUGCAAGUGGCCGAGGCGGCGGUCGCGGCCGACAUCGGGCCGUCCCUGUCCCCGUCGGCGCACCUCGCCCUGGCGGAGCGCGGGGCGCAGAACGUGCCCGAGGGCGACGCCGGGGACGCGCGAGAGCCGGCGGGCGCAGAGCCUCCGCGGCGACGGAGCAGCGCGGGUUUGCCGGUGGACCUGGACGUUUUGGCCCCGGCGGCGCAGGCCGAAGGCGGCAAGGAAGCGCCUCUGGGGAGGGAAACCGGGGCGGGUGAAGCAGGGUGGAGACGCAAGAAUCCGGCCGGCGCGGGGGCGAUGGAGGAGGAGAUGAGGCAGAUUGAGAUCCUCCUGAAGGCCCUGGACCAUCACCUCGCGGACCAAGUGAACAGUGAGGAGAGGAAGAUGGAAGGCGGAGCGGGACGGAGGAGCGACGAAGGAUCUCGUGACGCGACCUUGGAGAGCGUCUCCGUUCUUCCCUCGAUGAUGCACCUGGUGGCCCGCGGCGCGGCGGAGCCCCAGCUGGCAUCGGGGGACUUCGCGGCUGCUGGGUCUUCCGCUGGACAGGAGAGCGAGGCGAACGACGACGUCGCGGCGGGAGUCGGACACAGUCAGGAGAACCGCGAGGACCGGAGCGGAGAAGCGGGCGCUGUGGCAGAAGCGAAGGCUCUCCUCCAGUGCGUGAGCGCGCUGAGUGGUCCGUCGUCGGGGUCGCUGCUUUCCGCAGCCGCCGCAGGAGGCCUCGGAGAGGAGGGCUUCCCGCGGGCGACUCUGGCGUCGAUGCGUGCGACUGGCGCAGGAGCCGGCGAGGCGAGCGAAGCGGGCCAUGACGGUCCCCAGACGCGGGACUUCUUCCCCAAACAGGAACUGGGACGGAAAAGCUCGGACCCACUUCGUGCGCCAGGGCGUUCGACAGCUCUCAAGCUGCCGAACGUGCUGUCGGGCCAGCACCCGAACGCGGCUGUCGCCGCAGCGGCCGCGUCGUCGGCCGCGAUGGCGGGGUCGCUCUUGUGGGGUGGAGACAGUGUGUGCCGAGGGGACAGGUGUGGGGCGAGUGACGCGGUGUGGGGGGCGGACGAAGAGGCCCGACUGAGUGCGCUGAGCUUCUUGGGGACGCUGCCAGGUCUCACGCCGGGUGUAGGCAACAAGGACCGGGGAGCGAAGCCCCAGAUGGGCAACGGGAACGGUCGGCAGUUUGCAUGCGGAGGGGCGGCGAUGCUGGCCUCGGCCCUGUUUCCCUCGGAGGCCAGUCAACAGGAGCGUCUUUCGCGUGCGCGGCGUUUGGAGGCGCUGGACCGCGUGAACGGAGGAGAGGCCCCUGAGAGGAGGUCUUCGAACGGAGGAUCUUCGCGUUCCUCGUUGUUGGAGGCUCUCUCCGCAGACACGCACGCCCUCUUGCAGCUGUCAGCCCAUUACUCGUUCAUGGCGCAGUUCAUGCAGUGCGCGAUGCUCUUUGAGGUCCAGCAGGCGUUGCUCCGCGUGGUGGCGAGUAUGCGGGCGCAGGAGCGAGGGGAGAGGAAGACAAAGCAGCUGUGGGAGGACGCGCAGAGGGAGAAGGAAGGGCCAGGGACCGACCCCACAAUGAAGGCGUGUCUCCAGUCGCUUCUCGAAAGUGGGGCAGUCCACAUGCAGUUUGUUCAGCUGAUGGCUCAGCAGCUGCGGCGCCACGUCCUCUCGGACGGCGAAGAGGACCGAGCCGUAGGUUCCCGGUCAGGGGACACGGAUAGGCACGUGGACGAGGGCUGUGGAGUCCGUGGACGCGACGAGAGAGAGGAUGCCAAGGAAGCAAGGGGUUCUGAUGCCGAGGAGCACCUCGGCCUGGACAAGCAGUCUGCAUUCGCCGAAGUGUCUUUCGAGGAUUUUGUGGCGGAGCGCACCAGUGCGGACGGGCCGAUGGGCGAGGAGACAGGGCGACAUCGUGCGGCGGGCGAGGACGCAUCUCGCCAAGGCAGUGAAGAGAAGAGUGGCAGGGAGUGCAGCAGCGGCGGACGGGAGGCGGAUGUGGGAGAGACAAAGGAGGAAACCGACGUCGCGGAAGGAAAUGUCGAGGACGAGGUGGAGAGAGAAUCAGAGGCAGGUACCGCAGGAAGUGCCGGGAGGAGGGAGACGGGAGCAGAAGGUGCAAAGCCUGCCACGGAGGAGGAGAAGGAAUUGCGAGAGACGACGGACGAGGACACGGCGAAGCAAGACGAGUGA